CAUUAUAUUCAUGUAUUUUAAUUAUUAUAUUGCAUAAUAUUUUAUAGUUAUAUUAAAAUAAAAAAUUAAUUAUAAUAUAAUAAUGACGCUCUCUCUACGCUCUGAAUAUGUAGUUAAUUCAGUAAUGUUGCAGUCAACAGCAUUUGAACGAUUAUGUAGUUAAUUCAGUAAUGUUGCAGUUUGUUGAAUUUUAUAUUACAUAUGCUUAUUUAGUUUAUUAAGGUUUGUUAUCCGGUAUUAUUCCGAAACGGUAUCACAAAUCUGCCGGUACGGUUUUUUAACAAAAAAAAUAUUAUUUAAUUACAAAAACGGUAUUUUGCCGGUACAAAACGGUUGAACCACGAUAGUACCACAAAAUACCCUACCACUGGCGGAGCCGGUAUGACUUCCGGUACGGUUUCCUUUACCAUGGUUUUGCGACACAUUGUUACCCAACAGCUUUCCACGACGCCGUACUGAACAAGAGAAGGUGUCGUUUGGUUCCUUCCUCCCAAUUCUCAGUGGCAGUGACCAGUAAUUAUUCGUCAAUACCGCGGCCAUUCUCCGAGCGCCCACUCUCUUCCUCCCGCGCGCAGGAAAACACACAGCGGCGGCGAGCCCUCUGCCCUUUCUUGCUUGAUCACGCGUUCCUUCACCUCCCCCUACCAAUCCAUUCUCAAAUCUGCGGCUCCCCUCGCAACCCUAGAAAUGUCGGGCUCCCAUUUCGCCACCGGCGACGCCGUCGAAGUCCUGAAGCGGGACGACGGCAGCGGCGGCGAUUCCUUCCAGCUCACUUACUACCCCGCCGCCGUCCGCCGAGCACCCGCCAAGCAGCGGAACAAGAUUCUGAUCGAGUACCAGACGCUGAAGAACGGGUCGGUACCAGCGAAGGAGCUCGUCGAUUGCUGCAGCGUGAGGCCCGCCCCGCCGCCGGACGCUGGGGCAUUGUUCAAAGAGGGAACCGACGUAGACGUCUACAGCGAAGGCGGUUGGCACGCAGGGAUUGUGAGGGAGAUACUUGGGAAUUCCAAGUACCUGGUGGCGUUCGCUCGCCGGAGUGAAGGAAUCGUGGCGGAGCAGUGCACUCUCAGGCACCAUCGGGACUGGAUUGGAGGCGAUUGGUUCCCGCCUCUACGGCAAGUCCUUCCGUCGAGGAAGCGCUAUGUGGAGGAGCCAAAACCUGGGAAGAUAAAGCUGAAGAUCAAACGCGGAAAAGGGGAAACCGAGAUAAUGUUGAGAAAAGGGACGAGAAUUGAAGUGAAAUCUGAUGAAGCCGGUUUCCAAGGUUCUUGGUUUGCUGGGAUCAUAAUCGAUCUCGAAGGGACGAACAAGUAUUUGGUUCAAUAUCUGAACCUACUAAAUGAGGAACAAACUGCUCCAUUGAGAGAAGUGGUAAGCGCUGGCAACGUAAGGCCUUGCCCACCUGAAACUCAUUCAGGUAACUGUUACAAGUUUCUUGACAAGGUGGAUGCUUGGUAUAACGAGGGCUGGUGGGAAGGUGUGGUGUUGCGAGUGGAUGAGAGAUCGAAUAAGUGUAUGGUCUUUUUCCCAUUUACAAAGGACAACGUUUAUUUUGAAGCUUCAAGUCUCAGGCGUCAUAUGGAAUGGGUGAAUGGGAAAUGGGUCAAGGAGAAAUCUGCGGAGGUCAACCAUGAGGUGAGACAGACAGACUCAGACCCCGGUUACAGCAAGGGAGUGAAGGUUGAGGUCAAAACUGAUGAAGUUGGUUACCAGGGUGCUUGGUUUGUGGCAACCAUUCUCGAUGUCCCCAGGAAGGAUAGGUAUCUGGUGCAAUAUGACAAUCUUCUCGCCAACGAUGAAACCAAGUUCCUGGAAGAGGAGGUGGAUGCUUCUGACAUCCGUCCAUGUCCUCCACAGGUGCCAGAUAUUCACCCUUAUGGAUUGCUCGAUAUUGUGGAUGCUUGGUGUAAUGAUGGGUGGUGGGUUGGCUGCAUUAUCAGAGCUUCUAGAGAGAUGAAGUACAGAGUCCAAUUUGGGACAGGAGAAGAGUUGGAUUUUCAGCAUACCCAGCUGAGGCCUCAUCAAGAGUGGAGUACUGGAAUGUGGUGCUCUGUUCCUAAGGAUUGGAAGUUUUGAUGACUACCCAUCUAAAGGAGAGUAUAUCCAGUUGAAGAAUCUAACUCUAGAAAACCAGAAAUAGCUCGGAGGAUGCGAUUGGGUCGGUAGAGAAAUAGCCUUCGCAGUAGGGAAUCCUACUUCUUUAUUUAUUUACCUAUUUAGUAUUUACCAGUAGAAAAGUGGUUACAACCUCUUAUCCUCACCUAUGCCAUACCCCCUCCAUUUCCCCAUAGUCAGGAUAUAUGUACAAGUAACUGUGGAGACUGUUGCAGAAGAACUGCCUUUAACUUGGACGAGUAUAAGAGGUUCCUGUGUAUACAUUCCUCUGUGUUCAUGUUAUCUCAGCAAGUUGUUGUCUGAAGUUGACUGUCUUGGUGUUUUCGGAGUUCUAGAGUAUCAUUUUCGACGAGUCAAGAGGUAACUAGAAUGGUUUAUCCUCUUUCGAUUCGACUGUUUAGCUGGUAAUGAGGUUUGCUUUUCCUUUUCCGUUUUCCAGCUGAAGAUGAUGCGCAACAAAAGAGGAAGAAGACAUGAUAGUAGAAGAUAACACAAGGGAUAGGCUACCCGAUUCUCUCCCUUCGGCCUCCAAUCCCAGCCAGCACAUUCUUUUCCCUACAUGAGAGUUCCAGAGAUGAACAGAACUUCAAUGGUUUUAUGCAUAUUAAUACUCGUAAAUCGUAAUCAUGUUCAUGGGUCUCUUGUGAGGGUUCGAGUGUCCCAUUCGUUAAAAAGCCAGUCGGAUUCCCGAUUUCACCUCCUUCCCCGCAAUCACCCACGAACAGGGACAGCGGGAAUGGCUUUAGGAAACCCCGUCGGAGUCUUGAAUAUAGGCGGGUUCGGGCG